AAUGAUGACGCAAGUGUAAGCGACUAUGGCGGCUCAUGCUAGCGAGCUCGAGAUAGCAAAGAAGAAUUUAACGGAUGCAAUCGGCGAUAAUGUGAAACAUUACUGGGCAAACCUGAAGCUGUGGUUCAAACAGAAAAUCAGCAAGGAGGAGUUUGAUAUCGAGGCGCGCCUUCACGUACACAAUGAUUUCCUCUUGGCCAUUCUCACAAGAUGCCAGAUCAUUGUAUCCACACCAGAUGUUGCUGGGCCAUUACAGUGGCACGCCAGCUGUGCUUCAAACCCCGGAAAGCCUAAAUGGAAGAAGAAAUGUUCCUCCAGGCAAAAAUUUGAUCACCGCUUCCAGCCUCACAACCCCUUGAGCGCCGCCCAGCCGUUCAGCCCCCGGGAGGCGGGGGGCGAGGAGGAGGAGCUGCGCCUCAGCGCCCACACUCUGCUGCUGCCCACGCGGGGCCAGAUGGAGGCCCGCAUGAUGGUCACCGCCUUCGAGCUGGGCCUGGACAACAUCACAGAGGAGGCCGUCGGCACCAUGAUCAACGCUGUUGAGGCGUACCGGCUACGAGACGGCCGCUUCCCCUACGCCUUCGGCAGCGGCGUCACCCCCCAGCCCUACCUGAAGAACAGCCUGGCCGCCCACCACGGCCUCAGCGAAUGCCCUCCUCCCAGCGCCUCCCUCCCCGCCGGCCCCCCGCCCCAGAUGUCCCCCGACGACGCCGAGCAAAAAGCCGUCCACCUGCUGGCCUGCUCCGCCGACGGCCUCCCGGCGCCGCUGCCCCCCAUCAGCAUGUUUGACCUCCUGGAGGCGCUACAGGUCCACCACGGCGUCAUGCCCUCCCACACCAUGUACGCCCUCAACAUGGAGCGCGUCCUGGCCCGCCUCUGGCACCCCAGCCACGAGGAGCUGGAGCAGGACCUGGUCCACCGCCAGCGGCUGGCCGGCAGGGACGGCGUGCCGGUCAGCUGA